CUCCUUCCCUGUCUCUCAGUUGCUAUUAGUGCUGGUCUUUUGGGUGUAGCUUUCCUCUUGGGCUUCUGUGUUUGUUUUACGUAUCGCUUUCCUCUUCCUUUUGGUCAGAAGCCUUUUUAUGAUCAGGCAAGAUAAUACUGAGCAGCGGCACCGAAUCUGCAGGACAAAAUGAGCCUUUGCUUUAAAUAUCCAAGAGACAAAUGGAGGUCCUUCCAUCGUCCCACUGCAGCAAGCAAAAACAACACUGGGCAACCCUUUAAAAUGUUUAUUUGGACCAGUGGCCGGAGCUCUACAUCUUACAGACAUGAUGAGAAAAGAAAUAUUUACCAAAAAAUCAGGGAUCACGAUCUACUGGACAAAAGGAAAACAGUCACAGCCCUAAAAGCCGGAGAAGACCGAGCCAUACUCCUCGGGUUGGCCAUGAUGGUGUGCUCUAUCAUGAUGUACUUUCUCCUGGGAAUCACCCUGCUGCAGUCUUACAUGCAAAGCGUCUGGACGGAAGAGGCUCAGUGCUCACUUCUCAAUGCAUCCAUCACAGAAAGCUUCAACUGCUCAUUCAGCUGCGGUCCAGACUGCUGGAAAAUCUCUCAGUACCCCUGCCUCCAGGUGUACGUCAAUCUCACUGCUUCCGGCCAGAAGCUUCUGCUCUACCACAACGAAGAAACAAUGAAAAUUAAUUCUGAGUGUUCGUAUAUACCCAAGUGUGGCAAGAAUUAUGAAGAAUCCCUGUCGCUGGUGAAUGUUGUGAUGGAAAACUUCCGAAAGUACCAACGCUUCUCCUGCUUCUAUGACCCUGAAGGCUCUCAGAAGAAUGUAAUAUUGACCAAACUAUACAGCUCUAAUGUGUUGUUUCACUCCCUCUUCUGGCCCACCUGCAUGAUGAUCGGUGGUGUUGCCAUCGUCGCGAUGGUAAAGCUGACUCAAUACCUUUCCCUCCUCUGUGAGAGAAUCCAAAGGAUCAACAGAUAAGAAUGAAAACUUUGGAGAUUCGAUUACCGCUAAAAUACUGUUUUCUCAUUCUUCACCAAAGAACCUUAAGUUUGUAAUGUGCAAGUCUGUUCUAAGUUCCUUACUAUAUUCUUAUAAGUAGAGCAAUAAUGCAAAAGCUGUUCUAUAUGCAAACAUGAUAUUAUUAUUAUGCAGACAACCGAAAAAAAUACUGUUUUGUGUCGACCGUCUAUAUGAUCUUGUUUUAUGCUGAGACUAGUACUUCUUUCCUUUCUACAGCCAAAAUUGGGCUCAGUGUGACCAUUUGCCAAGCUCAGUCAAUUGACUUUUUCACUAUAAGGGAUUCUGGGGAAAUCCACCCUGGACAAAGGGCAGCAAAUGACUUGUGCAUCACUGAGGUCUCACCUCUGGCUCAGUCCAUUCAAUGGAUUUGUGGUUUUGCUUUUUUAUUAUUGGCUGCAGGGAAAAAAGAAUAGCAUAGAAACACCAGAGGUUUUUCUAUUGUUAGGUGGCACAAAAUGGACAUAUCUUCGGGACAGGAUAAGCAUGCAGUAUUAACAGCCUAAAUAGGACUUGGUGAUGCUUUGUGUUAGCUCCCCCAGUUCAGAAGUAAAUUUUACCCUAUGGUGUUUAAGGUCUUUUGCAAAACACUUUGUGGUUUUAUUUUAUUUAGUGCUAUAACUUUCUUCUGUCUUACCAACAGCAUCUUUGUUAUCUGCAGAAGCUGUAGCCAAAAAAAAAAAAAACCCACAACAACAACAACAUCAUCUUGUUCCAUUUUCUACUCCAAUCUGAGCCCUACUGAUGGAGAUGGGACCAGAACACCUUAUGUAAAGAUUUAUUACUCAUUUGUCUUGUAUUUGCUACCAUAUCACUGUAAAGAAAAAAAAAAACACAAUCAGCUAUUUUUUCAUUUUUUACUUCCAACUCUUUUAGAUUUUUUUACUUGAUAUAUAUACAGAUAUAUAUAUAUAUAUAUAUACAUAAAGAAAAGCUAUAUUAUA